AUGAACUCUUCCAGCAUCGCGACCUUUAUUUGCGGAGCGGCGACUCCCGUCUCAGCAUGUUCGAGCCUGCGAGUAUGGUCACGAUCACUGGGAUCGGGAUCGGGGUCAGGACGGCAAUUGGGACUUGGGAGAUUACAUGUCGCUGUCCCUGUCCCUGUCAGGAACGGGAACCGGGACGUGCAUGUUCAGAACCUCGACGUGGGAAGUACUCUUUAUCAACAGACACCCUCCUCUGCCGCGUCACCGCUACGGAGGAGACGCAGCUACCAGACCCCAGCGUCUGAAAGGAAUCGGUUGUCCUUGUCGCUGGGUGGAUAUUCUCAUAAAGUUAUUGUACGACGGCAUCUUUCUACCACUGCCGCUUGCACCACCAAGGCUGCCACCACCGCCACCACCACCACCACGACGAGCGCCGCCGCCGCCAGAUCCUACGCCCCGUCGCGAGCAGUUGUAAAUGACGCCACACCGACGGGAACAUACACAGGCCGACCAACAAGAGAACAGAAUCUCGACUUUCUCCGGGCAUUUGAAGAAGUAGAAUCUUCAUACGAACCUAGAGACGCCGCAGAGGGGAGCAAGGGAAGCAAAGGAAGUCUGCUCAGUGUUACGGGUACAGGGAGCGGGAGCGGGAGCGGGAGAAUCGAGUACACCGUUCUCCGUCGACGGUCUGACGGGUCUGAAAUAGCCAGUGUGCGCAUCGCCAACCCGACUCGCGCCAACAGUGUCGGAUCGGUCUUGCUCCGCGGCCUGACGAGCGUUCUUUGCAAGUUGGCCGCUCGUGAAGAUCUGCGCGUCGUAGAAGUCACCGGCGCGCCUCCAUCUCCAUCUCCAUCUACUGAUCCAUCCACAUCCACAUCCAACCCUACGUCUACUUCGACGUCAACGCGUGGAGGCCAUCGAGGUGGCGGUGCUGCUAGUGGCGCUGGCACUGGCACUGGCACUGGCACUGGCACUGGCACUGGCACUGGCACUGGCACUGGCACUGGCACUGGCACUGGCACUGGCAACAGCGUACCCAAAUUCUGCGCGGGCGCCGACCUGAGAGAGAUGCACAGCCUCGCCGGACCCCUCGAGGCGCGGGAGUUCAUCACGUCGGUCCGCGACGCAUGCCAGGCCCUCCGCGACGUGCCCGUCCCGACGGUCGCGAAGAUAGACGGCGCGACGCUCGGCGCGGGUCUCGAGCUCGCGGCGUCGUGCGACUUCCGCGUCGCCACGCGCCGCUCGGUGUUCGCCAUGCCGGAGGUCAAGGUCGGCAUCCCGUCGGUCGUGCACGCCAGACUCCUCGCGAACGUGGUCGGGUGGCAGCGCACGAGGGAGAUGGUGUACCUCGGUCUCAGCGUCGACGGGGACACGGCCGCGCAAUGGGGUCUGGUGGACCGUCUGGUCGGCGGCCGCGGGACGCCGGAGGAAGAAGGGCAGCUGCUGGACGACGCGUGCCUCGCGAUCGUGAGGGCGGCGGUGGAGAACGGACCGAGGGCGACGAGGGCGCAGAAGAGGCUGGUCAGGGUGUGGGAGGAGCGGUCCCUGACUGAGGGCGUCGAGGCGGGUGUCGACGAAUUUGCAAACAUGUGGACAAGGGACGGCGGAGAGGAGGUGAGGACCUACAUGGGACGUGUUCUCGCCAGGAACAAGACCAAGGAGAGAUAG